AUGGAUACCUCUCAAAACGUCAAGUACGCACUGCUCACCGGGUUCGAGCCGUUUGGCACGCCGCGGCCCAGGGACAACCGCAGCUGGGAGACAGUCAAGCAGCUUUCUGGAGAGCGUAUUUUGGCGGGUGGCGUCACCGUUGUCUGCCACUGCCAUGAGCUUCCCGUGAGCUAUGGCCUGUGUCAGCGCUGGUUCCACAGUUGCACCUGGGCGAGAAGCAGCCCGGGCGUUGUAAAACUCGAAGGGGUGGCACACCGGGACGGCUAUUCGAAGCAGGGCAAUGGCGGCACUAAGGAUGUGCCUGAUAGCGGCUGCGUCCCAGGGUACUCGACCACAAAAAAGCUAAGCACGUCGGUCAACGUCGAUGCGCUAAAGUGUACCCUGGCUGCAAAUGGGUGGGCCAGUGUGGUGACCAGCCAGAACGCUGGACGCUACCUGUGCGAGUUCACAUACUAUACCUCUCUCGCCGAGGGGGAGACGUCAUACGCAAAGCGCCAGCUGCCAGUGCCCAAAACGCUGUUCGUGCACGUCCCGCCGAAAAUGCAAGAUCCAUACAGCGACAGCGAGCUGGCAGACCUUGUGCGCGACAUCAUACGGAACUUGGCAUAG